UUGUCGAUACAUCGGCGGUCACACUGUGCUCGAUCCGCAAUUUUGUUGCAAUUUUUUCGUAUUUUUCGUACUUUAAAAGUGUUUUCUGUGUACAAUUUCAAAGGCCAUCAAUUGAGUGAAUACGUUCCGCGUAAAUAAAGUGGAAAUAAUCCAAGAAUUGAUCUAUCUACUCUUUGCUGCAUUCAAUAUAGAAAAAUAAUGUCUGCUGAAGCUGAAGCAAUUGUCACAACGGCCGCUGCCGAUGCCACCACAUCACCGACAACAAUCAAGAAAGUAGCCGCCGUCGAUGCGGACACCACACCCGACAAUGCUGUGCCCGUGGCCACAGAUGGUGCCUCCGAGGGAAACGGCAAAGUAGAACAGGAGCGCGCCGAAAAGAUACUCAAGGGCAAGGAGCUCUUUAGUCAGGGAUCGCGUAAUUUUCUGGUCAAGAGCUACGAUGAGGCCGCCGAUGAAUUGAGCCAGGUGUGCCAGCUGUACGAGGAGGUGUACGGAGAGCUGGCCGAUGAAUUGGGCCAGCCCCUGCUGCUAUAUGCCAAGGCGUUGAUUGCCAUGGCUCUGGAUGAGAACAAAGUGAUUGAUGUGCCCGAUGAGGCAGCCGAUGACGAUGAGGAGGAUAUGGACGAUGAUGAUGAAGCUGGGGACGAUGCAGAUGAAGCUGCAGAGUCCAAGAAAGAAGCUGGGGAGGCCAAGAAGGGGGCCGGAGAGGCCAAGGAAGCUGGCGAAGCGAAGAAGGAAGCUGCCCCAUCCAAGAAGGAAGCCAAUGGCGCCAGCAGCACAAAUGGCAAAGCGUUGGACAGCAUCAAGGAGGCCUCCGAUGAAGCCGAUUCCACUGUGGAUGCUCCAUCAGAUGAGAAGAAUGCCAAGAAGUCAUCCACUGGCGUCGAAGAAGUUAGCAGCAGCAAUGGCGGUGCCUCGGUCAACGAUGACGAGCGUCCCAGCACCUCGAAUGGUGAGGCUGCAAUCAGUCCCAGCAAUGGAGCUGCAGCUGUAGCUGGCGGAGAGGAUGAGGAGGAGACCGAAGAGGGUGUCAGUGGCAGCCUGCAGCUGGCCUGGGAGAUCUUAGAGGCAGCUGCCAAAAUCUUUUUGCGCCAGGGCCUCAAUGGUCUCCCGUAUUUGGCAGAGGUUCAAACGGAAUUGGCAAACAUUGAAUUUGAGAAUGGUAUACUUGAGGCGGCACGUGAGGAUUACGAGAAAGCGCUCUUAAUUCUAAGCGAUCUUCCAACCAAGAAUCGUCGCGCACUCGCCGAGCUGCACUACAAGAUUGGGCUGACAUUCUUGAUGGCACAGCAGAACAAGGAGGGCGCCGCCUCGCUGCGUCUAUCCAGUGCCUUGAUUGAGGAGGAAAUAACAGAGAUCAAGGGCAAAGAGGAGCCGCUCAGCGAGCGCGAGAAAAACAAUAUGUUGGAUUUGGAGGAGACCAAGCAGGAGAUUCUGGCCAAGAUACAGGAAAUUGAAGAGAUGCAGGCUCAGACCAUCGCCGAGGUGCGCGCUGCCUUGGAUAGCUACAUCAAGCCAAUGGGCAGUGGCAGUAGCAGCAACGAUGCUGCUGCCUCUUCAUCCACCAAUGGAGCGGCAGCCAGCUCUCCAUCAUCGUCGUCCAGUGCUGCUGCUGCUACUUCUGGCGCUACUGGUGCUGCUGUUGCUGCCAGCUCGUCCUCGUCGACCAUUAGCAGCAGUUCCACCGCCAAGCCCACCGAUAUAACGCAUUUGAUUAAGCGCAAGAAGCCCGAGGAGCCUGGCUCUGAGGCCGAGGCCCUGUGCUCCCCAGCCAAGCGUCCCGCCUUGUAGGAAAAGCAGCUGCACAUUCCAGUGGCACACACUCAAUCACCCCCCACCCCCAUACAUCAGCUACUUAAAACCCCACAACUCCACGAAGCAUGAAGGAAAAACACCUUUUAUCACACACUUGCAUUUUAUAAAACACAAACACUGUCCUCCCCAUGCAGGAUCUAUGCUGCCCUGCCCCGGCCCCCGCCCCGCCCCUAUUAUGCUCCUAUUUAUGCUUUUUGUUUGCUGUUUUUUCUACCAAAAUUCUCUAUAAGUCUCUGUAAGGUUACAAUCACAAUUUAGUGCGUAAGAAGUGCGUAAAAAUAAACGAAUGUUUUGUAUUAAACAAAAA